AUGAGUUUCCACCUUUCUGCUGCUAGCUAUGAGCUAGAAGAUGGUCAUAUCCUCAAGGCAGUACUCCGGGAUGCGGAUGGCGAGGAGCAAGACUCCGAGUUAGACUUGAACGCUUAUAUCGGCAAUAAUGAUGGUUCAUUUGAAUGGGGUGGCGAGAACUUCUUCGACAGCGCCGAGGACGUCGAGCUGCACCGCGAAGGGGAUGACGAUGACGAGGCCCCAAUUCUUCGAGCUCGGUUGGGGACUGUUGAUGGCGAGCAGGUAGAUGCGGACGUGAACCUUGGAGAACGGAUUGGCAAUGACAACGGCACCUUGGUAUUCCAGGCAUAG